GCCACGCCGCCGCCAUCCUCACCCUCUGCCCUGACGGGAGCGCAGCGCAAGGAGCCUCAGGAGCAGCAUCCGAGGAAGGCGUCGGGGAUGAGCACGGCGGUGCCCAGCAGAGGGUCCCGCCCGGGGGCGUCGGCGGCGCCUAGCACAGGCGGUGGCGCCGGGGGGAGCCGGGCGUCUUCUGCGGCGUUGAAGGAGAGCAAGGCCAUCCCGGAGGUGCUGCUGGACUCGCGGAACCGCCGGCGGUACACGCUGGGGCGCUUCCUGGGCAAGGGCGGCUUCGCAAAAUGCUACGAGAUCACGGACGUGGAGAGCCAGGAGGUCUUCGCGGGCAAGAUCGUGCCCAAGUCGCUGCUGCUGAAGGCGCCGCAGAAGGAGAAGAUGUCCACGGAGAUCGCCAUCCACCGCAGCCUCCACCACCGCCACGUGGUCGGCUUCCACGGCUUCUUCGAGGACGCCAACUUCGUUUUUGUCGUCCUCGAGCUUUGCCGGCGGAGGUCUCUUCUGGAGCUGCACAAGCGUCGGAAAGCGCUGACGGAACCCGAAGCUCGCUACUACCUGCGGCAGAUCAUCCAGGGCUGCCAGUACCUGCACAGUAACCGGGUCAUCCACCGCGACCUCAAGUUGGGCAACCUGUUCCUUAAUGAUGAAAUGGAGGUGAAGAUAGGGGACUUUGGCUUAGCCACCAAGGUGGAGUACGAUGGCGAGCGGAAGAAGACCCUGUGCGGGACGCCCAACUACAUCGCCCCAGAGGUGCUGGGCAAGAAGGGACACAGCUUUGAAGUGGAUGUCUGGUCCCUUGGCUGCAUCAUGUACACUCUCCUGGUUGGGAAGCCCCCCUUCGAAACCUCCUGUCUGAAAGAAACGUACAUUCGAAUUAAGAACAACGAGUACACCAUUCCAUCGCACAUCAACCCCAUAGCUGCUACCCUCAUCCAGAAAAUGUUGCGGCCCGACCCGUCUGCCCGCCCCACCAUUGAUGAGCUGCUGACCGAUGAGUUCUUCACCACGGGCUACAUCCCGUCACGGCUGCCCACCACUUGCCUCACAAUGCCCCCUAGGUUUUCUCUGGCCCCCAACGGGUUCGAUGCCAGCGCAAGGAAGCCUCUCACAGUGGUCAACAAAGGACCAGAGAGCCCUGCGCUGGAGAGGGUGCCUGAGAAGGAAGAAGAGGUGGCGCUGCGGGAGCCCAGGAGCCCUGUGGAGAGCCACUUGGCUGACCUCCUGCAGCAGCUGACACUGGUCAAUGGGUCCAAGCCUGCAGAAAGAGCACCCAUCAGACAAGAGGAGGCUGAGGAUCCAGCCUGCAUCCCCAUCUUCUGGGUCAGCAAAUGGGUGGACUACUCGGAUAAAUACGGCCUAGGCUACCAGCUGUGCGACAACAGCGUUGGGGUCCUCUACAAUGACUCAACCCGCCUGAUUAUGUACAACGACGGGGACAGCCUGCAGUACAUUGAGCAAAACGGCUCUGAGUCGUACUUCAACACACGUUCCUACCCAGAGGCUUUCACCAAGAAGAUCACGCUGCUGAGCUAUUUCCGCAACUACAUGAGCGAGCACUUGCUCAAGGCGGGAGCCAACAUCACCCCCCGAGAGGGAGACGAGCUGGCCCGCCUUCCCUACAUGUGCCACUGGUUCCGCACUCGUAGUGCCAUCAUCCUGCACUUGAGCAAUGGCACUGUACAGAUCAACUUCUUCCAGGACCACACCAAGGUCAUCCUGUGCCCCUUGAUGGCAGCCGUCACCUACAUCAAUGAGAAGCGGGAGUUCCGCACCUACAAGCUGAGCUUGAUUGAGGAAUUUGGCUGCUGCAAGGAACUGGCCAGCCGCCUCCGCUACGCCCGCACCAUGGUGGAGAAGCUGAUGAACUCCAAGCUGGGCAUUCCCUGCCCCAAACCUUCUACCUAGCACCUGGCUGCUGGAUUUGUGCAGCAGCAGCAGCAGCAGCAGCAGCGAAGGACUCUCGCUGUCUCUUCCAGUUCCAAUACCGUUAAGGGCUGCAGCGUUCCUGCCCUCCCCUCCCAGCCGGGGUCACCUCUGCCUGGCUGUGUCCUGGCACAGAAGGGGUCAGGUCAGGGAGUGGCUUCUAGCUGGGCGGUGCUCCUUACAGGGGGACUAAAUGCCCCACAGCCCAGCCUAGAAGACUCUUAUUUUUAAAAAACAAAACAAUGAUUUGUUUUCUCCCGAUUCUGCUGGAGAAAAAGCCCCCGUUUCUCCCUCCUUUCAACCCACCCCACUGAGGCCUCUGGUGCUACUUAAGAGUUGGGGGUUUCGGUUACACCAUGUAAGUUACUCGUACGUGGUCUGUCUGAUGAGCCUUCCUCUUAUGGGCACUCUUUCCUCUUCCCGCUGUAGUUAAACUGUCUGGCAUUUUGUUCUUUGACUAAGCAACCAGACUUUUAAAAUACUGAAACUAAAGUCUACACCAACUAAACUUUUUGUACAUUACUUAAUAAAGAAGAUUCUCUGGAAGCUUU